GGUGCAUCAUACGUGAACAGCUGAAAUAUUCCUCUCCUCUCAAAUCAGUCGAAAAAGACUCAGUAAGCAGGACUUUACAGAAGAAGCCACUUUGAGGUCAGUCAUACAGUUAUGAAUUAUGAUAUGGAUAACGAUUCCUAUUAUUAUGAUGAUGAUGAUUCGGAACCUUGUAACCUGACAUGGUUCAGCGAGCAGCAAGUGUCCAUCCCAACAUUCAUCUACUCUCUGAUUUGUGCGCUCGGCCUGGUAGGCAACACUUUGGUCCUUUUAACGUACGCCUUUUACAAGAAAACGAAAACCAUGACCGACAUCUACCUGGUUAACGUGGCGCUAGCGGACCUCCUCUUCGUCAUCGCCCUUCCACUGAUCAUCUACAAUGAACAGCACGACUGGAGCAUGGGCACAUGGGCUUGUAAGUUUCUGAGAGCAGCCUACAGUAUCAACGUGUACAGUAGCACGCUCCUGCUAGCCUGCAUUAGCGGUGACCGCUACAUCGCCAUCGUGCAAGCCAGACAAUCUGUCAGAAUUCGACUGCAAGCUCAGGUGUACAGCCGUCUCAUCUGCUCGGUCAUAUGGCUGCUGGCUUUUUUCUUGUCUCUGCCUACAUUUAUAUAUUACCAGGAGGAAAACAAGGAAUGCAUCACUAACUUUGAGGAGCACAACACCGCCAAAAUCAUGAAGAUCCUGAUUCCAAGCAUGCAGAUGGUCCUCGGAUUCUUGGUGCCAUUGAUAGUCAUGACAUUCUGCUACUCGUGCACCAUGGUGACCCUACUCAAAGCACAAAAUUUCCAGAAGCACAAGGCGAUCCGUGUGGUCCUGGCCGUGGUCUUUGUGUUCAUCCUUUGCCAUCUGCCUUACAACAUGGCGCUUCUCGUCAACACCAGUAAACUGUUCAAUGAGAGACACUGCAAGGAAGAGCAGGUGAUUCUGAGGACUUUGUCCAUCAGCAAAAGCGUGGCCUACCUUCAUUGUUGCUUGAAUCCCAUUCUGUACGCUUUUAUCGGGGUUAAAUUCAGGAGCCACUUUUGUCAGAUUUUCCGAGACUUGCGGUGCCUGGGCAAACGGUACAUUUCAGGACGCUCUUCUCAGCAGACCUCUGAGCUGUACAUAUCAGCAAACAAAACCAUUGUUGGACAGAUCCAUGAGAACCCAUCAUCAUUUACAAUGUAACAGAACUUUUAAGUGAUUGUUCUCAAGGAAGCAGUAAGCUGAGGAUUGUUUAUUUGGUGCUUGGUGUGUUCUUUUGGUAAACUUUUUAACUUAGAAUUAGGUUCCAUUUAUGCAUUAACUGACAUUAACUAACAAUGAGCAAUGAAUUAUAUCCCAUUUAUUAAUGCAUUAAUUGGCCAAAUGUUGAAAAGAUAUAAGUAUUUUCAUUCUUAGUUCAUGUUAACUAAUGUAGUUAACUAAUGUUAUAAUAAACAAACCUUAUUGUAAUGUUACAACUGAUAGUACUAAUAUGAAAAAUAGGGUAAAUAUUUUUGUUGUUUAAAUGUUGUCUUAUUCAAAUGCUUUUUUACAGUAACUUUUGUGUGGGCUGACUACUACAACCCAUACCUGAUUUGCUAAGCAAAUGCAUGUUGGGGAAAUGCAUAUCAGUCUUGUCAACAAUGUGGUAUUAAAACAUGAGUGUUAAGGUAAACAAAAAUGCAUAUAUCUUAAACUUAAAAAUAAGCUUUAACAAGAAAACCAAAGCAUUUAAACAUUAACCAUG